UCAAAAUGGCGGCAGCUGAGGGAAGAGCGGAGUGCGGCUGAAGAGGGUCGCGCUUUCUUCUUUCCCCUUGUCCCUUCAGUAGGUUUAGGUGCUGGGGGUUAACGAGGGGUUUGCUGCACAGGAUCCCAUCAAUGCUUAUCCAGCCACCUUGUGUUGGAUGUGAAGUGCACGUUUUGCAUUCAGGUACUGUGUAGUAAAGCACUUUUGUGAAAGAGAUGACUUCAAUUAUCAAGCUAACCACCCUGUCAGGGGUGCAGGAAGAAUCUGCUCUCUGCUAUUUACUUCAAGUAGAUGAAUUUCGCUUUCUGCUGGACUGUGGCUGGGAUGAGAAUUUUUCUGUAGACAUAAUUGAUUCACUAAGAAAACAUGUUCACCAGGUCGAUGCGGUGCUUCUUUCACAUCCUGAUCCUUUACAUUUGGGUGCACUUCCUUAUGCAGUAGGAAAGAUGGGGUUGAAUUGCGCUAUUUAUGCAACUAUUCCAGUGUACAAAAUGGGCCAGAUGUUUAUGUAUGAUCUCUACCAGUCACGUCACAAUACAGAAGACUUCACGUUGUUUACUUUGGAUGACGUAGAUGCAGCUUUUGAUAAAAUACAGCAACUAAAAUUUUCUCAGAUUGUCAAUUUGAAAGGGAAAGGGCAUGGCUUAUCCAUCACACCGUUGCCUGCAGGCCACAUGAUUGGAGGCACAAUUUGGAAAAUUGUUAAAGAUGGAGAAGAAGAAAUUGUUUAUGCUGUUGAUUUCAACCACAAGAGGGAGAUCCACUUGAAUGGAUGCUCCCUAGAAAUGUUAAGUAGACCUUCCUUACUUAUCACAGAUUCUUUUAAUGCUACUUACGUACAGCCAAGACGGAAGCAAAGAGACGAACAACUGCUAACAAAUGUUUUGGAAACCCUGAGAGGUGAUGGAAAUGUCCUCAUAGCAGUGGACACUGCAGGCAGAGUUUUGGAACUUGCUCAACUGCUUGAUCAAAUAUGGAGGACAAAAGAUGCAGGUUUAGGAGUCUACUCAUUAGCACUUUUGAACAAUGUCAGCUACAAUGUUGUGGAGUUUUCAAAAUCUCAGGUGGAAUGGAUGAGUGACAAACUAAUGAGAUGCUUUGAAGAUAAGAGGAACAAUCCCUUUCAGUUCCGUCACCUUUCUCUCUGCCAUGGGCUUUCUGAUUUAGCUCGAGUUCCUAGCCCCAAAGUUGUCCUUGCCAGCCAACCAGAUCUGGACUGUGGAUUUUCAAGAGACCUUUUUAUACAGUGGUGUCAGGAUCCCAAAAAUUCAAUCAUUUUGACAUAUAGAACCACUCCUGGGACACUAGCACGCUUCUUGAUAGAUAAUCCCUCUGAAAAAGUAAUAGACAUAGAGCUGAGAAAAAGGGUCAAACUUGAAGGAAAGGAACUUGAGGAGUACCUGGAGAAAGAGAAACAAAAGAAAGAGGCAGCUAAAAAGUUGGAACAGUCUAAGGAAGCAGAUAUUGAUUCCAGUGAUGAGAGUGAUGCCGAAGAGGACAUUGAUCAGCCAUCUCUUCAUAAAACCAAACACGAUCUGAUGAUGAAAGGUGAAGGUAACCGGAAGGGAAGUUUCUUCAAGCAGGCCAAAAAAUCUUAUCCUAUGUUUCCAGCUCCAGAAGAGAGAAUUAAAUGGGAUGAAUAUGGAGAGAUUAUCAAACCUGAGGAUUUUCUUGUUCCAGAACUCCAGGCAACAGAAGAAGAGAAGAACAAACUGGAAUCUGGACUGACAAAUGGAGAGGAACCAAUGGAUCAGGAUUUAGCAGAUGUUCCCACCAAGUGCAUUUCGGCAACAGAAUCAAUGGAAAUAAAAGCUCGUGUAACAUACAUAGACUACGAGGGACGCUCAGAUGGAGACUCCAUUAAAAAAAUCAUUAAUCAGAUGAAGCCCCGGCAGUUGAUCAUUGUGCAUGGACCACCUGAGGCCAGCCAGGAUCUUGCUGAGUCUUGUAGAGCUUUUGGGGGAAAGGACAUUAAAGUUUACAUGCCCAAACUGCAUGAAACUGUAGAUGCAACUAGCGAGACUCACAUAUACCAGGUCCGUUUAAAAGAUUCACUAGUCAGUUCCCUUCAGUUUUGUAAAGCUAAAGAUGCUGAACUGGCAUGGAUAGAUGGAGUCCUGGACAUGCGGGUAUCCAAAGUGGACACGGGUGUGAUUUUGGAAGAAGGGGAACUGCGAGAUGACGGAGAAGAUGGUGAAAUGCAAGUUGACGCACCUUCUUCAGAUUCUAGUGUUGCAGCGCAGCAAAAGGCCAUGAAGAGCCUCUUCGGAGAUGAUGAUAAAGAAAUAUGUGAAGAGAGUGAGAUCAUUCCUACUCUGGAACCUUUACCGCUAAAUGAGGUUCCUGGACAUCAGUCUGUCUUCAUGAACGAGCCAAGACUGUCUGAUUUUAAGCAGGUUCUCCUGCGAGAAGGAAUUCAGGCUGAAUUUGUAGGAGGAGUCCUUGUAUGUAACAACUUGGUGGCUGUUCGCAGGACUGAAACUGGACGUAUUGGAUUGGAAGGCUGUCUCUGUGAAGAUUUCUAUAAAAUUAGGGAUCUUUUGUAUGAGCAGUAUGCCAUUGUCUGAAGAACUGUAAAUAUAAUACAUGUGAAUUUUUUUUUAAGGCAUGUGUUCGUAGCCACAUUUAUAAGAUAAUGACUGUCUGUUGUCAAUUUUCCAGCAGAAAAACCUAAUGUCUAAUUGAAUAAAUGACAGCUAAGGUAACACAUACAUUCCACCAAUUUAAUUUUCAAAAUAAUACAGGACUUUUGGGUUCCAAAGUAUCUCUUGCAGGUUGGUUUUUUUCCCCCAGCCUUUCCUUUAUCAAUAUUCUCAUAAGAUCUGAUCUAAAGGUUACGUAUAAGAACACAACAUGUGUAUAUGUAAAGUUUUCUUAUUUUGAAUUAAAACUAUUUCCUUUCAAACCUCAUUAUUAUGGGGAAAUGUAGAUUCAUUGCUGUUUUGGAAAAAACAAAUUCCAUUAACAUUUACUGUCUUCUCAGUGGUUGUUUAGUCUGGAAAUUAACAUACAUUUUAUAAUUGUAAUUGUUUCUUAUAUAUGUGGAUGUAGGGAAUUACAAGGAAACUAGCAGUGAAAUCAUAAGCAGAGUUACUCCAGUCUAAGCCAGUUUAUUUCAGUGGACUUAGACUGGAAUAACUCUGUUUAGGAUUUCACUGUAAAAGUACUUUUUUGCUGAUGUUUCUCAAGGUAUUUUCCGUCACAGUUUUGUGAAGCAAUUCAGCCACUUAUUUACGUGCAGUACAGUUACCCCAGACUAGAGGUAUAUAAAGAAUUGCACACAUGGAUUUGUUCCCUCCAUUGAUAUGAAUGGGGGAGGACAUUGAUUUAGGGCCAUGGAGUUCUUUGUGGAAGUCCAAGCUCUACCUUGAAACAUAUUGCUGCGAGGGUUAAAGAACCUGUAAGUUCAGGUUGUUGCUGGCAACAGUGUUGUUUAAUUACUUUUUGUAGUGCUUCCAAGGAGAGGAAAAUAAACACGCAGAUUAUAUUACCAAAACCAAGAUUAUUUCCAAUAAAAUAUGUUCAUUUAGGGUUUUUUCUUUAAAAAAAAAUUGUAUCAACUGUAGGCCUGCUUUUUAAAAAGGAAAACAGAAAAGGGCAGGAAGUAAAUUCCUAUGGGCUGUAACUGGCAUGAGAACAAAAUUUGCCUAACUAAAUAGUGACUAUUUUGUUUAAAAGAUGGAACUACAUAAAAGGGCCAGAACCCUCUGUUUUUAAAAAAAUGUAUACUAGAUACAAAAAAGUAGUAAAUUUUCUGUUGUUAUAUUUUAUUCCCCUUUCCCAUUUGUCACUUUCUGUGUUGGGGCUGUGUAAUUAUAUUUAUUUCUAUCUUUAUCCUUGGUAGGUGGUGGGAGAGGAAAGAAUUAACUUUUAAAUAUACUGUAUGUUGUUAAA